AGGAAGACAGAGACUUUGGCCCUUGAAAAAACGACAUAUGACCAGAGCAAUAAACUCUUUUGCUUAACAACUCCUCCACCCUGAAAGGGGCAAAACAGAGAAUUACCCCUCAAAAGUUUAAAUCAGGAAAACACACAGAAACAGAGCAAAAAGUGGAGAAGGUCACACGCAAUCUGAGUGCCAUUUCUCUCUCUCUCCCUUGUAAGAAAAAGGAAAGCUCUUUCGCAAAGAUCCAAUUUUGACGAUCUUAAACCAGACCACAAAAGUUCAAUUUCCGACAGAGACAUGUCGUGUUCAUCCUCGUCUGGAUCAGAAGGUGAAGAGGAAGGCUUCGAUUCUUACCGCAAAGGUGGAUACCACGCCGUCAGGAUCGGCGACCCUUUCUCCGGUGGUCGUUACAUCGCUCAGAGAAAGCUCGGCUGGGGUCAAUUCUCCACCGUCUGGCUUGCCUACGACACUCUCUCCUCUAGCUACGUUGCUUUGAAGAUUCAGAAGAGCGCGCAGCAAUUCGCACAAGCCGCACUCCACGAAAUCGAGUUCCUUUCAGCUGCUGCCGACGGAGACCUCCAAAACACCAAAUGCGUCGUCCGCCUCAUCGACCAUUUCAAGCACGCUGGCCCCAACGGGCAGCAUCUCUGCAUGGUGCUCGAGUUUCUCGGCGACAGCUUGCUCCGUUUGAUCAGGUACAACCGUUACAAAGGCUUGAAGCUUGACAAAGUCAGGGAGAUUUGCAGAUGCGUGCUGACCGGUUUGGAUUACUUGCACCGUGAGCUCGGUAUGAUCCACUCUGAUUUAAAACCGGAGAAUAUUCUUCUCUGUUCCACCAUUGAUCCUUGUAAAGAUCCGGUUAGAUCCGGGUUAACUCCGUUGCUAGAGAAGCCUGAAGGAAACGCAAACGGUGGUGGCGGGUCUUCGACCAUGAAUCUGAUUGAGAAGAAGUUGAAGAGGAGAGCUAAAAGAGCGGUUGCUAAGAUAUCAGAGAGGAGAGUUUCAAUGGUUGGUGGAGAAGAAGCAUCAUCUAAGACGGAGAAGAGUCUUGAUGGGAUUGAUAUGAGAUGCAAAGUGGUUGACUUUGGUAACGCUUGUUGGGCUGAUAAACAGUUUGCGGAGGAGAUACAGACGAGACAGUACAGAGCUCCUGAGGUGAUACUUCAGUCUGGUUACUCUUUCUCUGUUGAUAUGUGGUCUUUUGGUUGUACUGCUUUCGAGCUUGUCACGGGUGAUAUGCUGUUUGCUCCUAAAGAAGGGAAUGGUUAUGGAGAAGACGAGGAUCAUCUUGCUCUUAUGAUGGAACUCCUAGGAAAAAUGCCGAGAAAGAUUGCUAUUGGUGGAGCGAGGUCGAAAGACUACUUUGACAGACAUGGAGAUUUGAAGAGGAUCAGGAGGUUGAAGUAUUGGCCGCUAGAUCGUUUACUGGUGGAUAAGUACAAGCUUCCGGAAGCAGAAGCAAAGGAGUUUGCUGAAUUUCUGAGUCCUAUUCUUGAGUUUGCGCCGGAGAAACGACCAACUGCUCAGCAGUGCUUGGAACAUCCAUGGAUGAAUGUAGUAAGUACACAGAACAAUGCAGAUAAUGUAGAAUCCCAAAUGAGAAACUUGCACAUCAAAGGGUGAAAUAAACUUCACCACUUCGUCUUCUUUUUCAUACAUGUUUUCGUUUUGAACAAGUUGGAUAUUUUUUUGCUUAAUUGUUCUCUGUUUUGUUUGGAGAGUUAUGAUUAUUGGUUAAACAUCCACUUCAUUUGUUGCUUAUAUAGAAAUGCCUUGUAAUGAAUGAAUGAAUCAACUAACAAAUAUGUUUCAUCUC